GGAACCACUUCCGGGUGGAAGGUCCACCCCACAUCAAGGCGGUUGGAGCUGUUGAAGAGUAGGGGGAUUAGGAUUGUUGAUGUCGCCAACCGCUGGCUUCAAAUGCAUUGAAACAUCCUUUCACAAAUGGAGCUAAGUGUCUCAACCUCUGAAUCAAAUAUUGAUUCAGGAGCAGAAAACUUGUUCGUUGGUGAUCAGGUUUUUGCCCCCUUUUCUGGAGAUGAUAAGCUAUAUGAGGCCACAAUAAAAUCAAUAUUCACAGAUGAAGAUGAUAAAAAUGUGGCAGUUGUAAGGUUCUCCAGCUUUAAUGAAGAGACUGUGGCACUGACCACACUGAAAAGGAAAAGCAAAAAUGAAUGUUCGCGAGGUUUUAUAUUUGGUGAUGGUGACCUGGAGAAGCCUUGCUUCCUUGACAAAAAACCACCAGGCCCGAAGAUCUCUUUAAAAUUGUCUGAGGGCAGUAUACGUGUGCCAUAUACUAUUAAUAGAUACUUGCGAGACUACCAAAGAGAUGGAGUAAAGUUCAUUUUUAGGCAUUAUUUAUGUGGCAGAGGGUGCAUCCUUGGUGAUGAUAUGGGGCUUGGAAAAACUGUACAGGUUAUUUCCUUUCUAGCAGCUGUACUUCAUAAAACAGGAACCCGGGAGGAUAUUGAAAAUAACAUGCCCAAGUUUGUCCUGAAGACGAUGAGAAAGGAAUCAAAAAGAUAUGAUGACAAAAUUUUCCUCAUCGUUACUCCUCUGUCUGUGCUGUACAACUGGAAGAAUGAAUUGGAAACCUGGGGUUAUUUUAGAGUUUAUAUUUUGCAUGGUAACCAAAAAGACCAUACUCUCAGUUGUAUUCGACGCAAAAAGUGUGAGAUUGCUCUGACAACCUACGAAACAGUCCGCCUGUGUUUGGAUGACAUCAAUUGCAUUGAGUGGUCUGCUGUGUUUGUGGAUGAAGCUCAUAAGAUAAAGAAUCCUAAAGCUCAGAUUACACAGGCAUUGAAGGCAUUGAAGUGCAAGAUAAGAAUUGGCCUGACUGGAACCAUUUUGCAGAACAACAUGGAUGAACUGUGGUGUGUCAUGGACUGGGCAAUACCAGGUUGCCUUGGCAACAGAGCUCGUUUUAAGGAAGAGUUCUGCAAUCCAAUUGAAUUUGGUCAGAGACACACAGCAACCAAAAGAGAACUGGCUGUUGGGCGAAAGGCUAUGAGCCGGUUGGCAAAACAGAUGUCUUUUUGGUUUCUGAGACGUACUAAGGCUCUCAUCAGUGAUCAGCUGCCAAAGAAAGAUGAUCGGGUGAUAUACUGCUCUUUGACUGAGUUCCAGAAGACAGUAUAUAAGGCAGUGCUGGAGUCAGAGGAUUUAAAGCUGGUACUGCAUGGCUGGGAUCCAUGUGAUUGCAACAGUGGCCGAAAAAGGAAAAACUGCUGUUACAAGCAAAAUGAGGAUGGGAUUACUGUACGGCAAAUGUAUUUUAGUUAUUUGUCCAUCCUUCGUAAGGUAUCCAAUCAUGCUGCACUCCUGCAGCCUGAUGAAAACACCAGCAAGAUGCAGGCAUCCACUGUAAGAAGAAUCUGUGAGCGUGUAUUUUGCAAGUUUCCAGAGUUUUUACAGCAGAGCAAAGAUGCUGCUUUUAUCACCAUUUCUGAUCCUAAAUACAGUGGGAAAAUGAAGGUUCUUCAGCAGCUUUUGAACUACUGUAAAAGGAACCAGGAAAAAGUUCUCCUCUUCUCUCUCUCAACCAAGCAGCUUUUGGAUGUGCUGGAGAGCUACUGUAUGGCAAAUGGAUUGGAUUACCGACGACUUGAUGGAAAAGCCAAAACAGAGGAGAGGGUCAAAAUAGUGAAGGAAUUCAACAGCACACAAAACAUCAACAUUUGCUUGGUGUCCACAAUGGCUGGUGGUUUAGGACUGAAUUUUGUUGGAGCUAAUAUUGUUGUGAUAUUUGACCCAACGUGGAAUCCGGCUAAUGAUCUGCAAGCUAUUGACAGAGCAUAUCGUAUUGGUCAAUGCAGAGAUGUUAAAGUGUUCAGACUGAUUUCAUUGGGAACAGUUGAGGAAAUCAUGUAUCUGCGCCAGCUUUAUAAACAGCAAUUACAUUGUGCUGUUGUUGGAAGUGAAAAUGCAAAGCGCUACUUCAAUGCAGUGCAAGGAUCAAAGGAGCAUCAUGGGGAGUUGUUUGGAGUGCUCAAUCUAUUUGGCCUUCGCACAGAGGGAUCCUGUUUGACCCGAGAAAUCAUUCAGAGAACAGGCCAGUUGGAAGCAGGAGUGAUGACAGCUGCUACACGGUUGAGAGAAGAGUCUCCAGCAACAAGAUUGGAAACAGAGAGUUUUCUGUCAUCUCAUACCGUGGACAUAGAAAAAAAGAUGGAAGAAGAGAAUAAGGACCUGCCGGAGCAAUGUACAAUAGAAAGAAAGCCAUGUAAAAGAAAAUCAGAACAAUUUUUUGACUUUAGUAGUGAAAGCGAGACAGAGCCUUCAAGUAUGACAAAAAUGAAGGGUAGUAGAGGUCGUGCAGUAUCUACCAGUAAUAAUACUGACGGGCAUGGACAACUCACAUUUGCCCAGUAUGGAUUUUCUAAACUCCUAGAUAGGCCAACAUGCACUGGAGAGGAGUGUGGUGAGAGUGACUGCAAUCCUGAUGAUGAUCUAUUAGAGAAUCAAUGCUCAGAAGAAAGCACAAGCGAUGAUUUAAGUUCCCCUGUACCCAAGGCCAAUUAUAGGCCCAUCAAACUGGCUUCAGAGUCCCAAGCAAAUGCUCAAUCUAUAAAAAGGAAUGGGCAUGCUCAUCAAGUAAGAGAAAGACUUUGUCAACACUGGAGUACUUCUAGUGAAUCAGAAGGAGAGGCUGAAUUAAGAAAAAAAUGCAAAUAUCAUGGAACUUCAAUAAAUGUUCCUCUUUCCAUGGGAACUAAUGACAGCACAGAAGAAAGUGAUGAUGCCAUCCCUCCUUCACAGGUAUUGGGACAAAAGGAAAAAGUACCUACCAAGAAGAAAUCUAAACCUAACUUGCUGUUAAAAGAUUCUGAGGAGUCAAAUGACAAAAACUGCACAAGUGUUUCCUGUAAAGAAAAGGCAUUGUUGUCCUGUAAACAAUCAGGAUUUCCUGGUGUUAAAACAUGCAUGAUUAGUCAUUGUCCCAGGGUAACAUCGGGGAAUCCCUUGACUUAUUCUGCCAAAUUGAAAGAACUGGGCAACAUCAGUGAUGAGUCAGAUGAUGUUGAAAUAUCUGCAAGCCCACCAGGGAGAACACCCAAUCAAUUAGAACAUCAAGGAGAAAGAGGCAAAAAAAGCCCAAGCAAUAAAUCUCGAGUCCAUUUAAACAAAAAGACCACCGAGUACAACAUUGAACAAUUUUCAUCCUCUGGAGAUGAUGUUCCCACCACACGAAUGUGUUACAAUGUAAUCAGAGAGGUGGGCAAAAAUAAUAUUAAGCCAGAGUGCAAUGUUCAACUUAGGCACAAGCAUAAACCAGUCAGAAUUGACAAAGGUGAAGGUCUACUGGAGAACGAGGAGCAGAGCCAGAAUCGUGGGGAGCAGUUUGCAACAAUGGACAGAUUGCUAGGUGAUGUACAGGAAGUGGCUUUCAUUCAUUCAAACCAACAUGUGAUUGGGUCCAGCAAGGCUGAAAAUCAAAUGAGUCAUACUGCAAUUCGUGAUGUAUUUGAACUAAAGCAACAUUCGCAGAUUCCUGCCAAUGUAGCAGUCCAUACUAGUCAGCAACUUCAGAAAACUGACAGCAUGCUUAGUGCUCCUCAGAAGUCCUUGCAGCAACACCAAGUAAAUCAAAGUCAAAAGUUGCCUGCUGUCUCACUUGUGCAUCCUGUUACACAGACAAUGAGGAAGGUCCACCGAGCAGGUGGCACUACUUUCCUGAUUGGACAAACACCCAAAGGAAUCUGUAGAAAACAACUCUUUGAAAUGGCUGAGUAUUUCAACAUGGCUUCCGCAGAAAAAUUGGCAGAACAUCUUUUAAUUAGCACCUCGCAGCACCGGCUGACAAUGCUAAGGAAAUUUUACACAUCCCGGUAUCCAGAGCUAGAAGACAUCUUGCCAGAUGGGCCUCCAGAAUCUGCACUUGAACAGAAUGUCACAGUGGGAAGUUCGCAGGAUUGUGUGACCACAGAGUAUGCUGCCAAUAGGGAUAAAAAUCAAAGCAAUUAUUCUUUGAUUCAAGGAGUACCAGAUGGCAAAAAACAUUCUAAGAAAAAGCAUCUAAAAAAGAUUACACGUUUUGAAACACAAAAUGAUGCUAUUUCAGAAAAUUGUGACUGUAAGUCAAGAAUAACUCCUGUAAAAAAUAGUGUAUUGGCAGACAAGUCAUUUUCUAGUGAUUCUGCUGAAGAAGUUGACAGUAAUGCCUGUAUGGAUUUUUCAAGGUCAUCAACUACUCCAUUCUCAAAGAGUACAGCACACAUGGGUGAAACAAGUUCCAGAACAUCUUUGAAACAUCAGCAACACCAUGAAAGGUUAAAGUGCAACUCAGAUAACAAUGAAAAAUUAACACUGUCCAAAGCUGACUCAAUCACAGAGCUACUUGGUGACACUUCAGUACUGGAUGCAUUGUUUGAGAGGAGAACAAACAUUACUGAGCAGUCAAUAAAGGCCACAGGGCACGUGCCAAAAGGAAAAAACAAAUCAAAGGAUUUCUGGGAUUUUCUCAAUCUCAAUAACAAUGAGGAUGUCAGUACACUAACAGACCUAUCUGUGAUUGAAAAGUUGUGUGAAAGUGCGCCUUUGAAAUCAAAGAACAGUGGAAAAGAAUCAGGUGACACCUUUUGGAAAAAGAAUGAGAAGUUUUUAUGGAAAAGCCAUCCAAAGAGUGACUCCUAUGCCUCAACAUCUGGAACAUUUAGCUAAGUUAACUAUGAAAAUCAAAUCAAACCCAAAAGAACUACAGAUGCUGUAAAUCAGGUCCUGGAUGGGAAGAGUAACAGAAGCCUGCAAAUAAAUAAUUAUCUGAACUAAGUGUAAUAAUUAUAAAACUUUUAAAGUCUAGUAUAGGAAUUUAAAAACUAUAAUGCUGGAAUUUCAAAGGAUAGCAGUAAUAGAUUAUGGAAAGGAGACUCAGUAAUAUAAUUGCAUAGCUACCAUUGGGAACAUUUUUGCAGCUGAUGUUUAAGUCAGAUUUUCAUCAUCAUCUAUCUGUCUUGCCUCUGAAAAUUUUGUGUACGUCAGCCUUCUCAAUCUCCUCUGCUCUAAGGAAACAAAGCCAACCUAUCCAGUCUCUACACUGAGCCCUGCCGCAUCUUCACCAUCCCCCCAGACCUCCCACUGACUGAGGACGAACGGUCAGUCCUUAGUAAGGGGCUCACCUUUGUCCCCCUACAACCACACAUCAACGAAUACCAGUCACGGUUGGACAUAGAGCAGUUUUUCCACCGUCUUCGCCUCCAUGCCUCCACCUAUCUUCUUUACUCUCCAUCUUCGGUCCGCCUCCCCCUCUCUCCCUAUUUGUUCCAGUUCCCUCUCCCCAUCCCCCUCUCUGAUGAAGGGUCUAGGCCCGAAACGUCAGCUUUUGUGCUCCUGAGAUGCUGCUUGGCCUGCUGUGUUCAUCCAGCCUCACAUUUUACUAUCCAGUCUCUUGUCAGACUGAGACUUUUCACCCCAGGCUACAUCCUGGUGAAUUUCUUCUACACUCUCUCCACUGCAGUGACAUCCUUUCAAUAAUGUGGCAGCCAUGACUAUGAUCAACAUUCCAUCUGUGGCCUAACCAACCUAAGUUGUUUCAAGUUGUUUCUUGCUGCUGUAUUUGACACCCCAUUCAAUAAAAAAAAGCAUGCUUUUUUUUACCACCUUGUCAACAUGUGCUGCCACUUCAGGAAUCUGUGGUGGCACAGUGGUUAAACUACAAGCUCACAUUGCCACAGACCUGAAAUUGAUUCCAGCCUUGGGUGACUGAGUAGAGUUUCACAUUCUUCUUGGGUUUCUGCUAGAUGCCCUGGUUUCCUCCCACAGUUCAAAGAUAUGCAAGUUAGGUGAAUUAGUAAUGCUGACUUUUCCAAUUACCCUGAGAUUUUGUAAGUGUGCAACCAUAACUCCUUUAACGAUCAAUCUGAACAGCCUCUGUAUAAACUGACGUUAAACCAACUGCACUAUAGUUUUCCUAUUCUCUGCUUCUCUCCUUUCUGGAAUAUAUGGGUUUUAUUUGCUACUUUUCAGUCUGAUGGUGAAGAUCCUUACUUAAAUCUAGGAAAUCUUGGAAAAUUAAUGUUAAUGAUCUACCAUCUCAUUAGUCACUAGUUUUAUAACCUUACAGUGAAGUCCAUCAGAAGCCAUGUCAGCCUGCAGCUCCCAUCAGUUUACUUAGCACCUAAUGAUCGUAAUUUCACUCAGAUCCUCAAUCACACCUCCCCAUUCUCGCUCCAUGGGUAUGGGACAAAAGGUGACAGGUGAGAGGACAUUAAGUUAGCAUUUUGGCAUGAAGUUGUAUUGGAAUUUUUAAAUUCCGUGAGAAUCAGCAGAUUCAUGUCUUGGCAUGGGGUUUGGGGAACCGUGAACACGAAUACAGGGGCAUGGUGACAUGGAGCUUUUGAUGGUCUGUGCAGUUGGGCUUUUUUUGCUCAUUUAUGGCAUGUGGGCAUUGCUGUCUAGGCCAGCAUUUAUUGCCUAUUCCUUGUUUUUCAGAAGGCAUUUAAGUGUCAGCUGCAUUUGUCUGGUUAUAGCGUCAGAUGUAGUUUAGACCAGAUAAGGAUAGCAAAUUUCUGUCCCUAAAGGAUAUUAGUGAACCACAUGGCUUUUACAACAUUUGACAAUGGUUACAUGGUCAUUGGACUAGUUUUCUUAAAAAUUUCAGGUUUUUAUUGAAUUCAGAUUUUACCAGCUGCAUUGGUGGGAUUUGAAUCCAUGUCCUCGGAGCAUUAACCUGGGGAUUCUGGAUUACUAGCCCAGUGACACAAACACUGCACCGCUGCCUCCCCACGUGAAUUGGCAAGGUGAAUAUGGGGGAAGAAGUAGGGACAGUGUACAAGUGCGUUCAAUGGCAUGGAGAAUUUGAGAAUUUGAUCUGAGGGUGGAAACAGAUCCACAGGCAGCAUGCAAGAUGUGGAGGUCCAGUAAAGUGGCUCCAGGGUACUUAAUGGCAUAGUUUAACAUGCAUGAGACACAGAGAGAGUGUGUACUGGAGGUAUGGAGAGUGAGGCAGUUUUUAGUUUCAUCGUACUUUUAAUUUAUUAAACCAUGUUACUUAAAGGAUUAGUUAGCGAAGUAUUGACUAUAUCCAACCAUCCUAUACUUUAAAACUUCACUACACAGUCCAACAUUAGAUGUGAUUGCAUAAUUGGACAUCAUUUGCUCAGUAAUUCUGAGUGUUGGAGUAAUUGUAGUGACACCCUACUUAGCAUUGCUAAUUAGGCUGGCAGUGUAAUGCACUUGCUUGGAUCAAUAUCUAUGACUCUAUGAAAUGCAAGGCCCUGCUAUAUGUAGGUAGAAAGUAUGUAUAAUCACUGUGCCUGUUUCAAUGCAAAACAAAAUAGAUGAUAGCCAUUCUCUGUUUCAUUUGCCAUCAUAAUGCCUCAACUGGAGUCAGCCUUCCUCAAUUAAAACUUAAACAAAGCUUUGCAAUUAUUUGUAAUCAUUAACUGAUCCGUUCUCCAUGACAACAUCUCUAUCAAUCAGAAUCCAAUUGCCAAUCAAUCAGUUCUCAUAUGAUCUAAAUGUUCUUUUACUUUGGUAUUGCUCAUGAAUUGUCCUGAAGAGUACAAAAUAAAAAUUUCAAUGAACUGUCUUCUUCAGUAAUU